CCGAGAUUGGGAAUGUACUUACGUAGUACAGUAGAUAGGUAUUGUGUGUGAAGAUUAUUCUACCUGCAUCUCUAUUCGCAUCUCUAUUGAUGCUACAUAAGUAGAUGCAAAGGAUAUAGCAGCUAGCUGGGCUCACCUCAGGAGAACGAGUAGCUAUCCGACUCAUCCAUGGGGAAAGCAAAGACAAAUGGGUCAAUCCCAAAUAAGCACCUCUAUUCGCGCCUAUCCUAUUUACACCAAGCAGCAGCAUUUUUGGGAUCACAACUUGGGAAAACUCCCAUUUCCCACCAAAACGCCGCCGUAUCUGACAUCUCUAAGGAUACGUCGGAACCUUUAGCUGCGCAGCCGUCCCCUACUUCUGACCAGCUAAGGCUCAACUUUACCCGCCAUCUACUGACUGAUCUUCGAGCCACGUCUCUCAAAAGCCAAAUACGCCUUUCGCCAGCAAUAAAACACACAAUCUGCAAGUACUGCGAUACAUUGCUCGUCCCAGGUGAGACAAGUACGUCUGUGGUUGAGAACAAGAGCAAACACGGCAAGAAACCCUGGGCAGAUGUCCUGGUCGUGAAAUGCAACACCUGUGGCCGAGUAACGCGGUGCCCUAUUCACACCCCACGCCAGAAACGCCGGCCAAACAGGAUGCAAGCAUCAGAUAACAUCCCAGAACAUGCAAGCAAAAAACUAGAGCCGGUUAAUAAAAAUAUGGACGCUGCCUGAAAGAUAGCUUGAGUAAUCACUUCGUCUCCCCUCGCAGUCGUGGAACUAGGCUACUGCGUAUGCACUUUGCUCCGCUACCUUUCUUGUUGCAUUUGCACCCCGACCAAGCUUAAAGGUUGAAGCUGGGAAGAGGCGGUCGGGCCAGCGGCACCCAUGAGCAUUAUCAAUACGAAUAUCAACCUAUAAUUUGUACUUCAUAGCUCACUGUAA